UUGGAUGGGGGAGGGGGAGAACCAACCAGAAUACUUCCUACAGAGAGAGGAGGCGAGCCAAAGACAGAGAGAUAGAGGAGGAGUGGCAGAAUGAAAGAGAGAGAGAUAGUUGGAGGAGAAGCAGAGCAAGAGCAUCUCUUGCAGGCAUUCAGGUUGCUGCCGCUGAUGUGUAUAGGCAGAAUAAGGGAUACCAACGAGGGAGAGCAGCAUCACACAACAGACACAGAUACACACUCACCAUAGGACACAUACACUCACUAUACAUCACGCGGGAGAAGGAUUCGCUUGGGUUCUCUGUGGUUUGGAAAGCUUGCUCUGGAAGACUGGGUCAGAGCCUGGGCUACACCAAGACAUCUAGUUUCAUCUAGACUAAUUUAGCCUCAUCCAGCAUUCUUCUUCAGGAUCCUCUUGCAGUAACAAACUGUAAGAUAAAUAUUUACUGCUCUCCUCUUUACUUUACUCUUUUAACCUGAGCCUGCUUUUUUCCAUCAGAAUAGCACACUCUACAACCAGCUCUUUUUAUAACCAUCUCGCUCUACAACCAAUUCUCUACCGAACCUGAAUUCUCUCAGUUCUCGCUUCGAACGCUACUAUGAACUUUCUACGUCGUCGUCUGUCUGACAGCAGCUUUAUAGCUAACCUUCCUAACGGCUACAUGACAGACCUCCAGAGACCCGACCCACCACCGCCUCCCCCCUCUACAGCCCCCCCAGGAGACCCAACCACAUCCCCUGCCCCCAGCACAGCCCCCUCUGUCUCCCCAGGUUCAGAGCAGAGGCCCGAGCAUGCUCUGCCUGCACCAGCUCCAGCCACAUCGUCAGGCUCUGGGUUCUUCAGCUCCCUGACCUCCCUGAGUUCCAUCACCAACGCGGUAAAGCAGACAGCAGUGUCAGCUGGCCUGGUGGAACAGAGCCCAACACCUAGUGCUGUCUCCAAGAGGUUUAAGAUACUGCUGGUCAUCGAUGAGCCACACAAUGAAUGGGCAAAACUGUUCAGAGGGAAGAAGCUCCAAGGAGACUAUGAAGUCAAAGUGGAACAGGCCGAGUUCUCAGAGCUCAAUAUGGUAUCCCAUGCAAAUGGAACAUGUAAUGUGGACAUGCAAGUGAUCAGGAAUGGAACCAAAGUAGUAAGAUCCUUUAGGCCUGACUUUGUCCUGGUGCGACAACAUGCAUACAGCAUGGCCCAUAAUGAGGACUUCAGGAACAUCAUCAUCGGCCUGCAGUAUGCUGGAAUCCCCAGCAUCAACUCACUGGAGUCCAUCUACAGCCUCUGUGACAAGCCCUGGGCGUUUGCCCAGCUGAUUGCCACAUGUAAGAAACUAGGCCAAGACAAAUUCCCUCUCAUCGACCAGACCUUCUAUCCCAACCACAAGGACAUGAUCUCCAUGCCCUCCUUCCCUGUGGUGGUAAAGAUUGGACAUGCCCACUCUGGAAUGGGAAAGGUAAAGGUGGAUAACCUGAGUGAUUUCCAAGACAUAGCCAGUGUGGUGGCCAUCACUCAGACAUACAGCACCACCGAACCUUUCAUAGACGCCAAAUACGACAUCAGGAUCCAUAGGAUCGGCAGUGACUACAAGGCUUACAUGCGGACCUCCAUUUCUGGGAACUGGAAGAGCAACACAGGAUCAGCCAUGCUGGAACAGGUGGCCAUGACAGACAAGUACAAGCUGUGGGUGGACACCUGCUCAGAGAUCUUUGGAGGUCUUGAGAUCUGUGCAGUCAAAGCCAUCUGUGGCAAGGAUGGGAAGGACUACAUCACUGAGGUCGUGGGUUCCUCCAUGCAACUGAUUGGAGAGCACCAGGCUGAGGACAAACAGCUAAUCUCUGAUCUGGUGCUGACUAGGAUGAAUCAGGCUAAACCACGAAUGGCUGAACGCUCUCCUGUCCGGAGAACGGAAGGCAAGGCUGAGCAGACCAAGAUAUCCGGCCAGCGCCGCCAAUCUCAAGGAGGUGCAGGACAGGCCCAGGUGAUUCAACCACAGAGUGUGGAGCUGUCAACAGAGCAGACCCCUACACUAAAGACCACACCGCCUGCAGUUCCACGGCCAGCCACCAUUCCCAUACAAAAGCAAGCAUCUACUCCAGUGGCAAAACCAUACUCGGCUCCAGUCACCAGGCCUGUCCCUGCUCAAGUGAAAAAGCAAGCCACUGUACCUCCACCAAAGCCACCCCCUCCUACAGUGGUAAAGACUGCCCCAGAAAUAGUCUCUAAGCCAACUCCAGCCCCAGAAAUAGUCUCUAAGCCAACUUCAGCCCCAGAAAUAGUCUCUAAGCCAACUCCAGCCCCAGAAAUAGUCUCUAAGCCAACUCCAGCCCCAGCAAUCCUCUCUGCAUCUCCCCCAAGCACCACCUCUCCCCCAGCCUCAGUUCAGGUGCAGAAGCUGCCUCCAGCCCCUGACUCACCCCCUUACCCUGUCUCAUCCCCUGAAUCUGACUCACCCCCUGCCUCACCUGCGGCUCCAGCUCCCACCACACAGCAGCCCCAGCCUCAGGUGUCUCCAUCAGCAGCCCCAGCCCCAGGAAAACCUGCUGAGAUGCCGCCUAAACCACUGCCUCCCAAGCCCCUGCCACCCAAACCUGUGCCUCCUGUUCGUCGCAACUCCAAGCCACUGAUCCAGCCAAAACCCCAAACCCCUCCUCCACCCCUUGCCCCAAAGCCCAAUCCUGAUGCAAUUUCCCCAUCCAGAGUACCAGGCCAGUCCCCAUCCCCAAAGAGGUCCCCUGGGAGAGUACAUUCCCCUUUCCUGCCCCAGUCUCCAGCUAAAGUUCAGCCACAGGUAGUCCUUUCCCCAGACUUCCACCCAGACCCCACCCCUAUCCUAAUGCCCAUGUCUGCUGCUGGCACCAUCCCAGCCCCUGUGAAUGCUCCGGAGUCGAGCACUGUCCCAGAACCAGCCUCAGCCCCUGCUCCAGAUUCCCCCUCUCUGCAAGCUGAAACCCACCCUCCAGUUGAAGAACAACCAGCACCUAAGGGCCAUCCUCUUUUGAAUAAGUCCCAGUCCUUGACCAAUGCCUUCAGCGCCUUGGGAGAUGCAUCGUUCUUCCGCUCCAGCUCAACCAGCUCCUCAGCAGGUGGAGAAGAUGAGGCCAAAGCCGAGACCAUCCGGAACAUUCGCAAGUCCUUCGCCAGCCUCUUCUCUGAUUAGUUCCAUGUCACAUGCUCUGGCAUAUGCAGGUGACUUUAUGGACAUAAAUGUGACCCAAUUUAAGAUUUACUGUGUAACUGUAUACCUCCCAAGUCCUGCCUCCUUCCUCUGCCUGUUUGUGUCUCUGAAGACCCAAAUGGCUCCCUAGCAGUUGCCUGGGAGCAUAGAGUGUUGUUAGCCUGUAGCUAGCUACCUGUGUAGCACUCAACUUGUGUUUUGCUAGCCUGUUGCUAGCUAUCUGUGUAGCAUUCAGCCCUUUGUCACGGGAGGUGCAAAAGUUAACUUACAUUCUAAUGUUUGAAGGUGUUAUGGCUCAUAAAGGAUUGUGUGGAGUAGCAGCUGAGAUUUUUCAUACUAGAGGGAAUAUUUGUGAGCAGAAGGGAUGUUUGUGUUGAGGUGAAGCUGAAAUGUUGUGGAGCAGAAGGGAUCUUUGUGUUGAGGUGAAGCUGAAAUGUUGUGGAGCAGAAGGGAUGUUUGUAUUGAGGUGAAGCUGAAAUGAUGUGGAGCAGAAGGGAUGUUUGUGUAGAAUUGAUGUUACCCAUUGUCCCUUGAUGUUGUAGUCUUACUGUAACAAUGUGUUUUAUGACUGAUUAGUGUCUGAGUGGUGAGCCUUGAACUUGCAGCCUAUGUACUUCCUGUGCAGUAAGAAAUAUCUGCCGAGGUGUGGUUAGCACGUAUUUCAUCGUUAAUAGUUUAAUAACCACUUGAAUGCUGUUGACUGCUCUCAUUCAUAAAUCUUAAUAUACAGAUCUCUCCUUUAAUUAGGAACAUACUGUAUAUCAACCUAAAACAUGUAAAGUUAUAUUGAUAUAACUUAAAUCUACAUUAAGUUUGUCUCAGCUUAAUGACUUUGUCAUGGUUAGGUAUCAGUAAUAGAAGCAAGAAGCAAGACUUUACUUUCAUACAGUCACACCCAUGUUAGAUCUGUGCUGUUACAGUGUGUAAACUAUGGAUCAAAACAGGUUAGAUCCAUGCUGUUAAAGUGUGUUAGCUAUGGAUCAAAACAGGUCAGAUCCGUGCUGUUACAGUGUGUAAGCUAUGGAUCCAAACAGGUCAGAUCCGUGCUGUUACAGUGUGUAAACUAUGGAUCAAAACAGGUCAGAUCCGUGCUGUUACAGUGUGUUAGCUAUGGAUCAAAACAGCAGAGUAGUGGAGCAUGGUGCUUCCAAACCCUUAUUUACCCACUAUGCUCUUUACCUUCUGCAUCUAAACUACGUCAUUUCGCUGAGUCCAACUUUAAAGCCACCAAAUGUUGUUUUGUUGUUUAAUAUCCACUUAAAGCCUUGUAAUGAUCUAUUGUUAAAUCCAUUUAAAGCCUUGUAAUGUUAUUGUGUAAUAUCCAUUUAAAGUAACAUAAUGUUAUAUUGUUAUAUCCAUUUAAAGCAAUGUCAUGUUAUAUUAUAUCCAUUCAAAUUCAUGAAAAGUUGUGUUGUAAUAUUAAUUUAAAUCCAUGGAAUAUGUAUAACAUGUUGUAUUGUAUUGAUACUGUGAGUCUCAGGAGUUUAUUUCUAAAUAAUGAAUCAUUCAUAAUGUUUAAAUUGGCUCCUGGUGGGUUUUAUUUGUCUUUAUGUAGUAUUUCCUUGCAUGAUCAGUCAGACCCAAUGACUCAUGUUAUCAUGCCAUGUUACCAUGCCAUGUUACCAUGUAAUGUACAUAAAUGUCGAUAAAUAAAAAUGUGGUGAAUCCUUCCACUAAUCUAUCUGUA